AGAUGACUAUGGAUGAGAAAUAUGUGAACAGCAUUUGGGAUCUUCUGAAAAAUGCAAUCCAAGAGAUCCAGCGUAAGAACAAUAGCGGUCUCAGUUUUGAGGAGCUGUAUAGGAAUGCAUAUACAAUGGUGUUGCACAAACACGGUGAAAAACUCUACACUGGACUAAGAGAAGUGGUCACUGAGCAUCUAAUAAACAAGGUGCGAGAAGAUGUGUUAAACUCCUUGAAUAACAACUUUCUACAAACACUAAACCAAGCGUGGAAUGAUCAUCAAACAGCAAUGGUGAUGAUUAGAGACAUUCUGAUGUAUAUGGACCGUGUGUAUGUGCAACAAAACAAUGUGGAGAAUGUCUACAAUUUGGGCUUGAUUAUUUUUCGAGAUCAAGUAGUUCGCUAUGGCUGCAUUAGGGAUCACCUGCGACAAACUCUGCUGGAUAUGAUUGCGAGAGAAAGGAAAGGAGAAGUUGUAGACAGAGGCGCAAUAAGAAAUGCUUGCCAGAUGUUAAUGAUUCUAGGUCUUGAAGGAAGGUCAGUCUAUGAAGAAGACUUCGAGGCUCCAUUUUUGGAGAUGUCUGCAGAAUUUUUUCAGAUGGAAAGUCAAAAAUUUUUAGCUGAAAACAGUGCUUCUGUAUAUAUAAAGAAAGUAGAAGCUAGAAUUAAUGAAGAAAUAGAACGGGUGAUGCAUUGUCUGGAUAAAUCAACAGAAGAACCUAUUGUGAAAGUUGUUGAGAGGGAGCUUAUUUCCAAGCACAUGAAAACUAUAGUGGAAAUGGAGAACUCUGGGCUAGUUCAUAUGCUGAAAAAUGGGAAGACAGAAGACCUUGCUUGCAUGUACAAGUUGUUCAGCCGUGUGCCAAAUGGUCUGAAGACGAUGUGCGAGUGCAUGAGCUCAUACCUGAGAGAGCAAGGCAAAGCACUAGUUUCUGAAGAAGGAGAAGGAAAGAAUCCAGUUGACUAUAUUCAGGGUUUGCUGGACUUGAAGAGUAGGUUUGAUCGCUUUCUUCAAGAAUCUUUCAAUAACGAUCGACUCUUCAAACAGACUAUUGCGGGUGACUUUGAGUACUUCCUCAACCUCAACUCCAGGUCUCCAGAGUACCUCUCAUUAUUUAUUGACGAUAAGCUGAAAAAGGGAGUCAAGGGACUAACAGAGCAAGAAGUAGAAACUAUAUUGGAUAAGGCAAUGGUUUUAUUCAGGUUUAUGCAAGAGAAAGAUGUUUUUGAACGCUACUACAAGCAGCACUUGGCAAGAAGGCUUCUCACAAACAAGAGUGUUUCAGAUGACUCUGAGAAAAAUAUGAUAUCCAAAUUAAAGACUGAAUGUGGAUGUCAGUUCACAUCUAAACUGGAAGGAAUGUUCAGGGACAUGAGCAUCUCAAAUACGACGAUGGAUGAGUUCAGGCAACAUCUUCAGGCGACAGGGGUCUCAUUGGGUGGUGUUGAUCUUACAGUGCGUGUCCUCACAACAGGUUACUGGCCUACCCAGUCAGCCACACCAAAGUGUAACAUCCCUCCAGCUCCCAGACAUGCUUUUGAAAUAUUUAGAAGAUUUUAUUUAGCCAAACAUAGUGGGCGACAGCUGACACUCCAGCAUCAUAUGGGUUCUGCAGAUCUCAAUGCCACUUUCUAUGGGCCUGUCAAAAAGGAAGAUGGCUCAGAAGUCGGCGUGGGAGGUGCCCAAGUAACUGGCUCAAAUACACGGAAGCACAUAUUGCAAGUCUCCACUUUCCAGAUGACGAUAUUAAUGCUCUUUAACAACAGAGAAAAAUACACAUUUGAGGAAAUUCAACAAGAAACUGAUAUCCCUGAAAGAGAACUGGUUAGAGCCCUACAGUCCCUUGCAUGUGGAAAACCAACACAACGUGUUCUCACAAAAGAGCCUAAAUCAAAAGAAAUAGAAAAUGGUCAUAUAUUUACAGUGAAUGAUCAGUUCACAUCUAAGCUACACAGGGUCAAGAUUCAGACGGUUGCUGCCAAACAAGGAGAAUCUGAUCCAGAAAGGAAAGAAACGAGGCAGAAAGUAGAUGAUGACAGAAAACAUGAGAUAGAAGCUGCUAUAGUUCGGAUAAUGAAAUCUAGAAAGAAGAUGCAACACAAUGUGCUAGUAGCAGAGGUAACUCAGCAGCUGAAGGCCCGAUUCUUACCAAGUCCAGUUGUUAUUAAAAAACGUAUUGAAGGACUUAUUGAGAGAGAAUAUUUGGCACGAACACCUGAGGAUCGCAAAGUGUACACUUACGUAGCAUAAAAUGCGUUCAGAAAAUUUGAUUUAUCCUUGGACUAUACUCUUCGCAUGAACUGGGAAGUUCUUUUAAAUCAUUAAUAUUAAGACGACCAUCUCUUCUUUGAAAUUACAGUACAUGUUCUAGACCAUUCAGAUCAAGCCUUUUACUCCUUUUGAGAGUUUUCAACCUGAAUUGAUUGAGCUUCAGGCUUUUCAACGUUGUCCCUGUAGAGAUCAUCCUUACAAUUCUUCGGGAAAAUGUGAAUGUGCUGCGUUUGUUUUCAAUACUGUAUGAAAACAGAGAAA